AUGGAGAACGGCAACGCCCUACCAUCUGGUGUCAGCAGGGACACUUUGCCCCAGGAUUUCCCCGCGGGGAUGAGGGUCCUCGUGGUGGAGGAUGACCCAAACGAUCUCGAGGACUUGACGCAAAUCCUCGAGAGGUGCGGCUACAAAGUGACGGCAAAAGCGUCGCCAAGAGAAGCGCUGAUAGAGGUGGAGGAGAAAGGAGAGGGCUUCCACUUCGAUAUCAUCAUGACCGUCGUGCACGGUGGCGAAGAAGGAGCUGGAUUCGAUGGCUUCGACCUCCUCGAGCGCGUUCGGGGUCGCUACCCAGUCAUCAUUUUCUCCCCGGACUAUUCCAAGGAGAUGGUGAUGAGGACAAUCAAUGAAGGCGCCUGCGACUUCAUGCCAAAGCCUAUGUGCUACCAGGAGGUGCGCAAUAUCUGGUUCCAUGUCGACAUGCAGAGGGGAUUAGAAGUGGACAACCCUGACGAGGGGGUAGAAGGAGCUAGCAACAAUGAGAAUCCCCCUGAGAUCAAAUAG